AUGAUUCCUUCAAUUCUAUUAGCCCUCGCGGGGGUUAGUUUCGCAGCCCUUGAGCCUAGACAGAUGAUGCACCAGGCUCGAAACCAACCGUCUUUCAUUUCAUCACGGGAUCUUUCUGAAGCUGAGAGCGAGCCCUGCAAGUUUAUAAGUCAGGCUUAUGUAGAGGCUGAACCUGAGCCUGGGAAGCCUGUUGUUCUUGCUAUUCCUCCCUCUGUUGGUAUUGCUUGUCUCAAGUCUGUUCCUCUGGAUAAGAAGCGGGAUCUCGAGUUGCUUGACUAUCUUGAGCCUUUGAUUGGGUUUCAGAGUACGCUUGAGAUUCUUGCUGAUCCGCCGAAAGAGUAUCUGUUUCCGGGUGUGGAUGUUCUUGGGGGGUUUGAUACGAUUCGGAGCAAGUUGGAGAACAACAAGUACAAGACUCAAUAUGAAGUCAUGACAGAUCUGCGAAGCCUUUUUGCUGCUGCCAACGAUGGUCACUUUGACUAUCCUCCCGCUCUUCUCAACGCCUUCUACUACGUCCGACGAGGUGUCGAAUUCGAGUCCGUGUCUGCCAACGGUCUUCGACUGCCAUACAUCUUCCAUGUCAUCGACACUAGCCGUGGUAACCAAGGUCUUCUCGACUACGCCCCUUCAGCUGUCAAGUCCAUCGACGGUACCCCAAUCGCUGAGUGGCUCGAGGAGGACGCUUCUUUCGCGACAUCAAACAGCCAGGACCCUGAUGCUCAGUACAACGGCCUCUUUGCAUCUAUCCCUCGUGGCGCUGUUGGAUCGUCUAGUAGCACCCUCUUCACCCAGUUCGAGAUUCCUGAUACUUAUACCAUCGAAUUCCACAAUGGCAGCAAGUUGGAGGUUGUCAACCAAUUGGUCGUCCCUGCUACCGUUGACCUUUCUGGUAUCGAGUCUGGUGAGGAUUUCCACUAUUAUGUUGAAAUCACUCCCACAAACACCACCACUGAAGAGCCUUCUACCAAUGAGCGUCGUUCAAACCAGGAGACUGACGAUGAUCUUCCCGGAUAUCCUAAGCCCCUGGUCAAACAAUCCAGCAACGCUGUCUCUGCAUACCUUCUCAAUGGUGAUGACUACAAAGACACUGCUGUUCUCUCCAUCUUGAGCUUCUUGCCAAUUGGUAUAGACAUCAGCAACCCCCCUGCCGAUUUUAGCAUGACCAAGUUCAUCCUGGAGGGACAAGCUGUUAUUCUUCAGCUCAUCAAGGCGGCCAAGGCUACUGGUCGUGAUAAGCUCAUAAUCGAUAUGUCUGCCAACGGCGGUGGUUCGGUGAUUCUCGCCCACUCCAUCUAUCGUCUCUUGUUUCCAGAGGGAGCGUUCACUGGCUGGGAUCGAUAUCGCGCCAACCCUGCUCUUGAGGCUGCUGCUGAAGUCGACUAUGAUAACCUCGUCAAGUCUCUGAUCACUAGAUCUGAGUAUUACCCCGUCGCUCCUGGUAACAAAUACCUCGAGACAGGCAAGGAGUUUUAUGGUCCUUAUACCGUCAAGGGCCAGAAUGUCACUGCAGCCUUCCAGACUGACAAGACUGUUCCCUGGGAUGAGAGCAUUCCUGCUUAUAUCAAUGGCUUCGACCCCGAGAGGAAGCCUUUGGUUGCGGAAGCUCCCUGGAAGCCUGAGAACAUUAUUAUUGUGACUGAUGGUAUUUGCGCCUCUGCCUGUGGUAUCCUGACCGGUCUACUCACCCGCAACCACGGCAUUCGCACACUCGCACUUGGCGGUCGUCCUCUCAACCAAGCCAUGCAAGCCAUGGGCGGCGUCAAGGGAACUCUCCUCAACUUCAACGCCGACAUCACCAGCGCAAUCGCCAACGUCCGCGCCAACGCAAAGACCGACAAGGAGACGGCCUCUAUCCUCAGCGACGCAUCGUCCUCAUUCCCCAGCUCGCAGAACCCACCUCUUCUUCCCCUCCCCGCAGGCGGUGUCGGCAAGGUCAACUCACUGAACGGCUACACUGAGGAUAACCUCGAGGGAUACCCUGUGCAUUUUCGGUAUGAGGCUGCCAACUGUCGCCUGUUUUAUACGCAGCGCAUGUUGGCUUCGCCUAUUGAGUCGUGGAGACGUGCUAGAGGCGUUGCAUGGAACAACGAGCCUUGUGUGUCGGGCUCAACGACGAAUAGUGAUGGGACUAUUGGUGAUAAGACUCUCAAGUAUGAUUCUCGUGUUCGCAGUCGCGCGAGUGGAAUCAAGGGGCCUGGAGAGUUGAAGAAGUGA